CGGAGCUACCUGAUGCCCGAGGACGAGAGGCGGUCACGUGGUCCGCCGCUCGCGGCCGCGGGCUCAGUUCGUCGUUGGUGCCGGCGCGGGGAGGACGUGCCCGGUCCGACCUCCGGAUACAUCGAUUCGCCACGGAGGAGGUUCCGAUCGCUCGCCUUCGAGAGGGGACUCUUCUUGCGCCCGAUGGACCACCGGGAUAUGGUCCAGCGGAAGAGGCUGCGAUUUUAGCAAAUCUACCGCGGACCCACCUGAUGCGAAGAGCGGGAGGAGCGGCGGUCACGUGGUCCCACCACCCACUAUCGUGGUACACGAGAUCGCGCGCUCAGUUAGAUGCUGGUCCUCCGACGAGGAAGAGGCCAGCGGGUGGACGUCCAAUGUAUCGAUUGGUACGAGAGUCCGGUACCAAGGACACCGACGUCCGGAUUUACCGACUUUGAGCCAGGAUUUUUAUCAGGGACUGAUUAAGAAGAAGGCUUUUAUCGGUUUUCCUCCCGACUCUCGUGAUAAGAGAUAAGGCUCGUUUUUUUCCUCGUCAGUUUCGGUGGGAGGGUGUACCUUGAAGAGGGCGCAGAGCACCUUGGGAACCACCUGAUGAAGAGAGGGUACCAGAUCACGUGGUCCCACCUGUGAACGGCGCUCAUACGGCGGUUUUGUUUUGGUGCUAACCUUUCAGUGAUGAGGAAGGGUUUACGAUGCGACCUCCAGGUCGCUGUCGGUGGGACGAAGUGAAGAGCGGAAGAGUAACUGCGUCGAAGUGGUACCUGCCCACGUAGUUCAAGGGGAACCGAUUGAAGAGGAUGUAGGGAGCCACGAAGUCGGGCUCAAGGACAGGAGGAGCGUUAACCGGAAUGAUCGCAAUUGUGCACGGAUCGGUGAGUGCGAACUCUGGUGAACCUAGGUGAACGCGCGAGCGGACGAUGCAGAACCUGGAGGAAGGCGGAAAGAAAGCGAGGAUUUCGCAGUCGGGGAAAUCGAGAUCCAAAAGCGGAGACCGAUGACGGAGGACUCGCUCGAGUUGGAACGGUCGCGCCCUGGGAGGGAAAAAAGUGCCAUAGAAACCGUUCACGGGAAUCUCUUAAUAGGAGAGAGGAACGUCUAGGAAUCCACCAGGGUGAAUGACGGUGAGUCGGGAAUAAAUUUAUCCUAGGACUCCAGGAUGCAGCUGGCCACGUCGCAGAGGCCGCAUCCGCCGCCGGUGCCGCCCAGGCCGAGCCGCCAGGUCGUGGCGGAGGCCAUGAAACGGUCCCCGAGGCCACCCUGCCCCACAAGACAGGCGCCUCCACCACCGAACACGAAACCCUGGAGGGCGAGGGAGAACUCUGGGGAAACGGCCGGCAGAACCGUCGUCUACGAGUCCAUCAAGGAGAAUGACUCCUGCGAGGUCGAGAAACAGGACUCUUCGGCAACUACUCUGGAGAACGAGGAGAAGACGCUGGACCAUAGGUCGGACAGCAUCGGCAGGGAAAGAAAGGACUCUAUGGGGUGUUCGCCCGGGCGACCGAGCGAAGAACCCGAACGCGACCAGGAACUGCCUUCGGGUACCAGUAGGGAGGCUGAGAACGAGUCGGAGGGUUUACAGGCUCUUCAAACCUCGCAAGACCCCGAGGAAACCGAGGCGAUCGAGGUCCAGCAGAAGGAUCCCCAGAUGGGGAGCAAGGUGGAAACCGGGAUCGUCAAGGAUGCCGGAAGAACACCUCUGGAGGCACCUUCGGGGGAGGAGGUCGCGAAGAGCCCCCAGGGUCGCGCGAACCUGCCGAAACCUCCGGUACCAGCUAGGCCGAGCAUCCUGGAGGACUCCUCCACCUCUACCUCGAAACCUGCAGUUCCCAAGCCUCGCCUCAACAGGGUGGCUAGGGGCAAGGACGAGAGUCCCGAAGCGACCUCGCAGAGACCCACUCCCUCUCAGAGGUCUGGCUCGAAGUCGGAGCUCCCCUUGAGGAGAGUCGACCAUCCUGGGACGAAGGAGCCCUUGGAAGCCCCGAAGACUCCCGACGAGGAUGUCCCGGUUUCGCCCUCCUUGAGCAACGUCACCUGCGCCACCGUCGUCGUCGUCGACGAACCCGAGCGCAAGGUCCUCUUCGAGGACGGCGACAACAUCCACCAUCAGGACUGGCUCGAGGCUGGCGUCAGGUACUCCUCGACGCAGAUCACCAUCCCCGGGGACGACGAACGCGUCAACGGGUUCAACCGACUCGACGACGACUUCGACGAGGUCGACUUUUCUAGCAUAAAGGAGAGGAUCGCGAUGUCUUCUCUUCAAGGUCUGCCCCCGUUGCCGAGGAGUCUGAGCGGGUUCAACCUGAACGUGACGAGGGAAGGUGGAGAACCCCCGCCACCCCCGACGAGGUCUUCGAGCAAGUCCCAGAGGAACUCGAAGACGCCCACGCAGUCGACCGGACGACCCUCGCCACCGGCGAGACAGCUGACCACCCUGGACACCCAGCUUGCCAUCCUGAGGAGGGAAAUGUUCGGCCUGAGGCAGCUCGACCUGUCGCUGCUCUCCCAGCUUUGGUCCCUCAACGAGUCCAUCCAGGAGUUCCGGCAGCUUCUUCAAGACCACGAGGACCGAGCACCCUCGCCCUCGCCCAGCAGCGAGGAAGGCGACGACACCUCAUACGGGGCGCACCCUCCACCGCCUCCCAGGAGGCCCCCAGCCGCGGUUCACCACCAUAGACCUCCGAGACCUCCAAGACCUCCGAGACCGCCUCCCAGCGACGAGUCCCCCUCCAGCGAAGAGUACGGGGCGGUUUAACGCGGAUUUACCCCCUCUGCGGGGAAACCCGGAGAACCUGGAGAACCUGAAGAACCCCACGAAGAGGCCUCCUGAUCUCAGGCGCAACGACUCCUCGCUUCGAGGUCCUACCUCUGCGUAGAAUCGAAACUUUUCUCCGAUUUCAUUACUAAGCGGAGAGGAGAAAGCGAAUACCCUUCGCCGCCGGAUUAAUACUUUAAUGGAGUUCUUACACCGUGGGUACGGAAGGCACAUCAUGAAAUGUACUGUCGCGCCUAUGUAAAGAAUGGAGCGUUUAUUUUCACACCUAUAAGUACACCUUACAUCUCGUAAGACGUAGCGAAUAAUGCGUAACUAACCUACCCUAAGGUCCGAUCUCAGCCCCGAGGCGCGGCGUCGGGAUUGUCCUAACGUAGAUAUGUUAUUUUAUGAAAUACGGGUGAGCAGACUGCGACAUACGGCGGCGCUCUUUUCAUUUUCCGCCGGUCGUUGACGGGAACGCGAUAUGGUGACUCUUUGCGAAACGUGAUAAGGAGCGAAAGACACCGGUAAGAUACAAAGGAGCGCUCCUGCGCGAGGAGUCACCGCGACCUGUAAAUCUAUCUCGUGAAUGUCGACUUAAUUAGGGGCCUGCUAUUAACGAGGACGACUCGCGUCGUCGGGGGGUUUACGACCUCCCGUCGGUUUAUGUAACUAAGGAUUAAGCUUAAUUCUGUGUUGGCCCUGCAGUAUGCAUAAUAAAGGAAGGAGCAAAUUAAA